CAUUCUUUCCGUCUCACCACAUCAGCGCAAGUCGCAAAGUGCCUCCUUGGCGUAUAUCUUGUAUCUAAUAACAACAUGUCUGGACGUGGAAAAGGUGGAAAGGGCCUUGGAAAGGGUGGUGCCAAACGUCACCGCAAGAUUCUUCGUGACAACAUUCAGGGUAUAACAAAACCAGCAAUCCGACGCCUGGCACGUCGUGGCGGUGUAAAACGUAUAUCUGGUCUUAUUUAUGAGGAAACGCGUGGUGUUUUGAAGAUAUUCCUCGAGAACGUCAUCCGUGAUUCUGUGACCUACACUGAGCAUGCAAAACGGAAAACUGUUACUGCUCUCGACGUUGUGUAUGCCCUAAAACGCUCAGGGCGUACCCUCUACGGGUUUGGAGCGUGAUCUCUAUUUGUAUGAUAUUAUUCAAUGUAUUACUAUUGUGCUGGUAUUGGUAUCUUUUCAUUCUCGUCUUUGAGAGUGCC